AUGGCGACAGCUCAUCCGCCCACGUCGAACCCAUCUUCGGUCUACCUCGACCCGGACAAAUGCGGCGACCCAGCAGUGACCACGACCCCACCUAACCUACCGCAGCAUCAAAGGCAUGCACUGGACAGUGCUCUCCGUGUUGACCAGGCCGGUGAACUCGCUGCGAACUACAUUUACAUGGGACAGAUGGCCGUCCUGGGCAGGGAUCCGGUCACUGGACCCCUAAUCCAGGACAUGUGGGACCAAGAGAAGAAGCAUCUCGCCGUCAUGAACAAGCUGCAAGAUCAACACCGCAUCCGACCUACCGUUCUGUGGGAGGUCGCUCGCGUUGCGGGGUUUGGACUCGGUGCGGUCACAGCGUUGAUGGGGAAGGAAGCUGCCAUGGCUUGCACAGAGGCGGUGGAAACAGUUAUUGGCGAACACUACGAUGACCAGCUUAAAGAGAUGGAGGGACUACCUGCAAGCCAUCCGAGUGUUCCGGUGUUGAAGUCUGUCAUAGAAGAGUUCCGAGACGAUGAGCUUGGACAUCUGGACAUUGCAGUCGAGAACCACUCCCAGCGAGCGCCUGCACAUGCCCUACUCAGCACCGUGGUAGGUGCGGGCUGCAAAGUUGCGAUCGAACUCUGCAAGCGCAUAUGA